AAUAUUUUUCUCAUUUAACAGGCCUAUGUUAAUCAAUAUUUCAUCUCAACAAUUUCAAGAUUAAAGACAAAGAUUUUGCGAAGAUGUCACUUUAUAAGAUGCUCAAUAAACAUGAUUCUGUCAGUCCCCCGCCCCAGGAGUAUGAUGAGCCAUGGAUGACAAUAGAUUGGGGGAAGUCUAAAAACUUGUUAGAAAAGCUGAACAAUUUCCAGCCUGUGAACUCGGAUGUUACCCCCCUCAGGAUUCUUCUGCAUGGGCCAGUAGGAGCUGGGAAAUCAAGCUUCAUCAACUCAGUGGAUAGUUGUCUAGAGGGCCGCGUAACUACCAGAGCCUUAACAAAUUCAAUACUUGAAGGAAGAAGUUUUACUUUGGAGUGUAAAACCUUCAAGUUCAAGAAGACUGAUUCCUUCUACCCCUUUACACUUACUGACAUCAGUGGUAUUGAAGAUAAAGAAGGCAUACAGGCCGAUGACAUCGUCAAACUUUUAAAUGGUCACAUCAAGGAUGAUUAUACUUUUAACUCAGCAAAAGCAAUUUCUGAAGAAGACCCAAAGUACUACAAGAACCCUAGUCUGAAAGACAAGAUUCACUGCCUGGUUUCUGUUCUUUCUGCGAACAGUAUAUCUAGAAUGGAAGAGAAAAAGGACGUCAUAAGAAAAAUGAAAGAAGUUCGGAGAUUUGCAUCAAACUUGGGCAUUCCUCAAGCCAUCAUCAUAACCAGGGUGGAUGAAGUAUGUCCACUGGUUAAAGUGGAUCUUAAAAAGGUCUACACAAGCAAGAAAAUAAAAGAGAAGAUGGAUUUGUGUUCCAGCACACUAGGAGUUCCUGUGAGCUACAUCUUCCCUGUAAAGAACUAUCAUGAGGAACAUAAUACAAACACCACAGCAGAUACUCUGAUUUUAGAUGCAUUACAACGUAUUGUUAGCUUUGCCAAAGACUAUGUGAAGGACCAAGUAGACAGAGACUCACAGCAGACCUGAAGAAGAAAUGUACACAUUUCUGAUGCUAAGAGGGGUGGCUUCCCGAACAGGCUUUAGAUUAAUCCAGGACUGCCUUAAUUAUAUUAGAAGAUUUAAGUAGUUUUUACAAACAUACCUCACUGAAAAAAAUUAUUCAUUCAAUUUAAUUUUUUUAAGGUAAGCGGUUGCAAUCAAUUUAUUUAAGCUACAUUUAAACAAAAAAAUUGUUGAACUUAAUCAAUUUUAUUUAGUUAUCCUAGUAUAAAAAAGCUUAGUAAUUUCAGCCCUAUUUAAUUAUGCUACAUU